ACUUACAGAUACAUUUAAUAGCUUGUUGUCAUCCCGCAAAAUCACAAUGCAAGACUGAGCGAGAGCCUAAAUUUCUUUUAAUUGAUAACAAAAUAAAUAAAUCUUUAUCGUGACGAAUUUGCUAUCACCAGAUACGAUUUUGUUGGUUUCAUCGCUGGAGUAAUGAUUUGAGUCGAGUCAAUCUAACGCUUUUGGAUAUUGAAAAACUUUUCUUUUUCGUUGUAGCAAAGCUUCUUUCGUUUAUAGUAUAACGCUAGAGGCCAAAAUAAAAUUACAUGGGAGUGACGAAACACUAAUCGCGCCCAAUCACUUCUUUUAUCGUCUUCGAGAGGAAAACAUUCAAAGAAACGGAAGUUUGCUGAGCCACGGUUCUAAUCUCAGAAGCAAAACAAAAACCUGAAUUGCUCGAGAAAAUGCCGGAGGAUGGUCAGAGCGAACUCACUUUCCAGACCGCCGACUUCGUCGUCUGGUCGUUCAUUCUCGCCUCAUCCGUCGGCAUCGGGAUCUACUAUGCCUGCACGGGCGGUCGCCAGCAAAGCACCGAGGAGUUCCUGGUCGGGAAUCGGAACAUGAACCCGAUCCCGGUGGCGAUGUCGCUGGCGGUGAGCUUCGUCUCGGCUGUCAUGUUCUUGGGAAUGACCUCGGAGGCGUACGGGAAUGGAGUGAUGGUAUGGCUCCAGGGAGUCGGGAUCCUCGUCUCCGCCGUCAUCAUCAGUAUCUCAUUCCUACCCAUCUUCCAUAGACUUAAUGUUACCAGUGCAAAUGAGUAUCUCGAGCGCCGUUUCAACCGAACGUGUCGUCUGCUAGGCUCGGUUAUACUCAUCUUUAAUAUGUUCGUGUACAUGGGUGUGGUACUGUAUGCACCGUCUCUGGCAUUAAACCAAGUGGCCGGAUUAAACGUGUGGGGAUCCGUACUGACCGUGGGGCUAGCAUGUACUUUCUACACGACGAUUGGUGGAUUAAAAGCUGUAAUUUGGACGGAUGUUUUUCAAAUGUGUAUCAUGGUUUGUGGUCUUUUAGCCGUCAUCAUCAAGGGAUCCAGCGAUCUGGGCGGUUUCUCGAACGUUCUCCGUAUCGUUGACGAAGGAAAUAGACUAGACCUAUUCGAAUUUAGCACCGAUGUUACAGUCCGUCAUACUUUCUGGGGUCUCACUAUUGGAUCCACCUUUAUGUUUCUAUCAAUCUUUGGGAUUAACCAGGCUCAAGUCCAACGAUAUGUUUCCUGUAACACAGUCAAGAUUGCACGCAUAUCUCUAGCCCUGGGGACCGCCAUCAUGUUGUUCCUGUUCAGCAGCGCCGUGACUGCAGGCCUGGUGAUGUACGCCUACUACGCUGACUGUGACCCGAUCUCCAGCGGCGCUGUGGCGAAAAGAGACCAGAUGAUGCCAUAUUUUACCUUAGAUCUAUUUAAGAAGUAUCCAGGUUUACCCGGUCUCUUUCUCUCGGCUGUUUUCAGUGCAUCAUUAAGCACAAUCUCAUCUGGACUGAACGCAGUGGCAGCUGUGACGACUGAAGACAUCAUCAAACCUUUAUGGCCGGGACUAAGCGAUAAGCGAUACACACAAUUAUCAAAGCUUAUGGCUUUGUCUUAUGGAAUUCUUACAAUUGGCUUUGCAUUCAUCGCCUCUUUUCUUGGUGAUAUCCUUAGUACCGUGCUGAAUUUCUUUAGUAUGUUCGGCGGUCCAACCUUAGGACUAUUCAGUGUGGGAAUGUUCUUCCCAUGGACAAAUUCAAAGGGGGCCUUUUGCGGAACUCUGAUCGGUCUGGUGUUCUCUUUCUGGAUUGGUAUAGGGGCACAGGUGUACCACUCUCCUUACCCCGCCCCUCCUUUUUCAACUUCUGGGUGUGUCCUGUAUAAUGACACAUUGAAUCUCUACAACUCUACUGCAUAUAACGCUCAUUUACUUAAUGACGUUGUGUCCAAUUUCACCAAGCCGACGCUAGAUGGCGCUACUACAGUCGAUUUGGCGGUGACAUCGGACGAUCCCGCUCUUUCUGUUGACGAGAGACCUGCAAUUGCAGCUCUUUACAAGCUCUCCUAUACAUGGUAUGCUUCCGCCUCCUGGCUGGUUACCGUCUUUGCAGCUCUCCUCAUUAGCUUCCUAACAGGUGCUACGGACCCAAAGGAUAUUGAUCCUCGUUUGAUUUGCCCAGUGGUUGAUACGAUGUACUGCUGCUUGCCCGAGAAGUGGAAGAGCCCAUUACGAUGUGGGGUGGGCACGGAUUUUAUCAAGGAAAUUGAGUACGAUGGCGUGAUCGAGAAAGAAAUGAAAGCUAAUCAGAACCUUGUGAAGAAUGGGAUACAGGUCGACCGAAAGCCCGAAGACGAGAUCAUCGAGGAGAUCGUGUAGAUGAAAAUGUGAUGUGUAAAUAUGUGACAUAGCGCCCCCUCUCGAUAUAGUUCAGGAUACUCAAACUCCAUUGAUAUCAUCAUGUCUUCUCGGAGUAAAGGAAUUUCAUUUCAUUUUUUCUUUUAUUGGUUUUUGCAACAUUUUUCAUAACAAAACUCUGGAUGAAAAUACAUAUCUGAAAUUUGACAUCAAGAUAAUGAACAAUAGUUUUGUAUAUAAAUCAUCAAAUAUAUCUUACAUAAAUGAAAAAUAUGAAGUGGUAUUUUCUGUUACACAAUAAAUAGGAUGGUUGCAAGGGUCGUCACAAAAGCAAAGCUUGAAAACGUAACAGCCCUGGAAAAUAGCCAAAAUAAUUAAUAUAUAUUGUCAUUAAACGUGCAAGUGCAUGAGGGACUGGGGGGGGGGUGGGCAAGGGAGAUGCUUGGUCCUUAGCAUGGAAUUUUAGAAAAUAACACGUUUUGUUGUUUGAUUUUUAAUUUAUACAUGUUCUAGAUAAAAGUCAAAUGUCUAAUUAAAAUAAUGAUAACAAUGGUAAUGAUUUUCUUUUUUUUUAUUUGUUAGGUAUUGGUUUAAUUGCAAUUCUUUUAUAGUUCGUUUAAAGGAAUAAAAUGAUCUUGGCAGCUUGAGUGAAUCUGGCAAUGCAUUCCAAAUAUCAGGUCCAUGAUGUCUUAGUGUUUUAUGUGCAAAUAGUGUCCUGGGAUUUUUCAAGUGAAUAUUAUUGCAUGUUCUUGUUGGAUAUGAGUGUAAAUUGUUAUUAUAUGAAAAUAAAUCCGUGAAUACUGGAGGAAGCAUGUCGUAAUUAUAUCUAUACAUAAACAGUGCUAUUUGUAAAGUAUUAAUAUCAUUUAUCUUAAAUAUUUUCAGACGAUAAAAAAGAGGGUCUAUAUGUGAAAGAUAUGCAGAUUUUGAACUAAUUCUAACCGCUUUCUUUUGCAAUAAAAGUAUAUGAUUAAGCCUUGUCUUGCAGCUAUUCCCCCAAAUGAGGUUACAGUAGUGAAUAUAUGGUAAAAUCAAUGUAUUAUAUAUCAUAACAAGAGAUUUCUCUGGUAAGAUUUUUUUUAGUUUACAUAGUAUUCGAAUUCCUUUAGCUACAGAGGAAGACACGUUGCUUAUGAUUGAUUGAUUGAUUGAUUUUAUUCGUCAAGAAUAUCACAGGAGGUUACAAUGAAAUUGAGGAAAUACCUUGACAGGAUAGCCCAUGAAAGCCGAAAGGCUUAUUUCCAAUGGGGUCCUAUAGUUAGUAUAAAACAUUAACAUAUUGUAACAAAAAAUAUAAACUACGACAAGUACUGGAAUAUUGGGGAAAAAAAAUAAAAUACAUACAAACAUAUCCAUCAGUCAUAUAAUUUGCAAACAUCUGAAGCAAACAAUAAUCUUCCUAAUAUGUAAAACAAGAUUAUAUUUUAACAUACCCUAAUGUAUACAUUAUCUACAAUACUAGAAACCAACUGUACAAAAUGUGUUAUUUUACUGGUAAUGCUGUUCUCGGGCAGUUUCCAGUUUUAGGUGAUUUUUUAAUGCACUCUUAAAUUGACAAAAGAAUUUAACGGCUUUUAUUUUAUCAGGAAGAGCAUUCCAAGAUUGGAUGCCAUUAAAAUAAAAAGUGUUUCCAAUAUGUCCUUCACGUUUUGGUAAUACGAAAUUAAAAUUACUAUUUCGAGUAUCGUACCUAUGGAUAUUUGAUACCCGGGUGAAAUUAUUUGCUAUAUAAUGAUCUAAUUUAUCCGAAUAGAAUAUUUUAUGCACGUGGUGUAAUACUAAUUGUUGUGACCUGUGAUCUACAUGAAGUUAUCCUGCCUUUUCAAGUUCAUUAUAUCCGACAUGUGCUCUUGGUCCUAAAACAUUUAUAUAUCUCACAAUUUUAUUUUGAAUUAUUCUUAGCUUUUUCUUAUCCGUAACACCCAGACUACCGUACCAAGCCGCAUUAGCAUAGUCGAAUAAACAUUGUAUUAAUGCAAAGCAUAAAAUACGUCUAGACUUCAUAUUCAAACAGGUUUGAUAUCUAUACAAAAAUUUCAAGCGUGAAUUAGCCUUUUUGGCGAUUGAGUCUACCAGACCCGUCCAUGAUAGGUUACUUGUUAAAUUAAUUCCCAAAUAUCUUACUGAAUCUUUUCUUUCAAUUACCUGAUUAUUAUAUGAAACCUUGAAAUCGUGUGUAUAUCUUAACUUUCGUUUAGAACAAAAUAAAAUGCUUUCCGUUUUCCCAACGUGUAAACUAAGCUUGUUGUCAGACAUCCAUUCGAUGCAAUUAGCCAAAUCAGCACUAAGUUUUUUAUCAAUUAUCUUAUGUGAAAGGAUAGUUAAUAAAUGAAAGGAUAAUUGACAUAUUGAAUGAAUGAAUGAAGGAAUGAAUAAAUGAACGAACGAAUGAAUGAAUGAAUUAAUAAUUAAUACCUUACUCUGUAUUGUCAUGUUGAAUGUUCAGAUAUUCAGAUAUUCAAACUUUAUUGUCAUGCUCAUAUAAAAUGAAUUACACUGGCAUGAAAAUCAUAUUCUGGCUGUUGGUAAACAAAAUAAUGUAUAACAUAUAAUAAAUAAUUACCCAAAUUAUAGAAUUGAAUAAUAUAUAAUACAAAAUUACGCACAAAACUUAAGCACAGGUGAAAAAAUUAAAAUGCCGUUACGAAAAUGAUGAAAAUUAAGAAAACGAAGAGACAAAACCAACAGAGAGAUAGUCACCGUCGAACAGCGCCUUUGUAAAGCAGUCUUUCAAAACUGAACAGGUCAACCCUGUAGUAUUAAAGGAAUAAAUAAAUAAGUAAGUAAGUAAAUAAAUAAAUAAAAAAAGAUAGAUAAAUGAACGAGUAGGUAAAUAAUUGAUUAAACGAAUCAGCAAAUAAAUCUAAAGAAAGAAAUAGAGACAGGUAUAUGAUAUAGAUAAAUAAAUGAAUGAAUUGAUUG